GCCUAUGCGCACGAUAGAGUAAGAGAGAGCGAGAGAGAGAGAGAUUACGGAGUCUGACUCAUGUCCAUCACCCACUUUUCUAGUCAUCAUCACAGUCAUGAGGUAGGUGUGAAUAUCAUCCUGAAGGUGGUGAAUCUGUGCUGUCUGUCCAAACCGCAGGUGCAUCAAGAUGCAGGUGUGGUUUAAAGAACAGACUUUAAGGUUUUAGUGAAUUUCAUCAACACGUUUACGAUCGUUCAACGCAUCGAUAUCCCCAUCUCGUGUUCAUCUAUGCUUGUUUCGCCCAUUCGCACAGAGGUCCUUUGUCAAUGCGCCUUUCAAUUUCUGUAGCUUUUCCCCAGAGGAGUUAUUUUGCUGGAGGAUCGCGCAUUGAAAUUGUUUGGAUCUUUCCUUGUUUGGAGAUGACAGGUCAUUUUAAGGCAAGCGGGAAACCAGAGUGAGUUGCCAUGGCGGCAGGAGUGGCUGCAUGGCUUCCCUUCGCCCGGGCAGCAGCUAUUGGCUGGAUGCCUGUGGCCAACUGCCCCAUGCCUAUCGCUCCUAGAGACCAAACAAAGAGACAUGAUGAGCUGAUCAUCCUGAAUGUGAGUGGACGACGCUUCCAGACCUGGAGGACCACACUGGACCGCUACCCAGACACCCUGCUGGGCAGCUCAGAGAAACAGUUUUUUUACGAUGAGGAGACCAAAGAGUAUUUUUUCGACCGGGACCCAGACUCCUUCCGUAGCAUUCUCAACUUCUAUCGGACGGGCAAGCUGCACUAUCCACGCUAUGAGUGCAUCUCAGCCUACGACGAAGAGCUAACCUUCUUUGGCAUCAUCCCGGAGAUCAUCGGUGACUGCUGCUAUGAAGAGUACAAAGAUCGGAAGCGGGAGAAUGCUGAACGUCUCCAGGACGACCAGGAUGACAACAAGGACUGCAAGCUGCCCAACAUGACAUACAGAGAGACCAUGUGGAGGGCCUUUGAGAACCCUCACACCUCCACCAUGGCCCUGGUGUUCUACUACGUCACCGGCUUCUUCAUUGCCAUCUCAGUCCUCACCAACGUGAUAGAGACUGUUCCGUGCGGUGCCACGCCUUCCCAGAAGGACAUGCCAUGUGGCGAGCGCUACACCGUAGCCUUCUUCUGCAUGGACACGGCCUGCGUCCUCAUCUUCACCAUAGAGUACCUCAUGAGACUGUUUGCCGCGCCCAGCCGCUAUCAAUUCAUGCGCAGCGUGAUGAGCAUCAUCGACGUGGUGGCCAUCUUUCCCUACUACAUCGGCCUGGUGAUGACAGACAACGAGGAUGUGAGCGGAGCCUUCGUCACGCUCCGUGUGUUCCGUGUGUUCCGCAUCUUCAAGUUCUCCCGCCACUCGCAGGGCCUCAGGAUCCUGGGGUACACGCUGAAGAGCUGCGCCUCCGAGCUGGGCUUCCUCCUCUUCUCCCUCACUAUGGCCAUCAUCAUCUUCGCCACCGUCAUGUUUUACGCAGAGAAGGGGUCGUCGUCGACCAAGUUCACCAGCAUCCCAGCCUCCUUCUGGUACACCAUUGUCACAAUGACCACGUUGGGUUACGGGGACAUGGUGCCCAAGACGAUCGCAGGGAAGAUCUUUGGUUCUAUCUGUUCUCUGAGCGGGGUGCUGGUAAUCGCCCUGCCUGUUCCCGUCAUCGUGUCCAACUUUAGCCGCAUCUAUCACCAGAACCAGAGAGCUGACAAGCGGCGUGCUCAGAAGGUACAGAAAGCCAGACUGGCCCGGAUAAGAAUAGCCCAGGCGGGCAGCUCCUGCACGGGCUUCCUCCAGAGCAAACGAAACGACCUCCUCAACGACCUGCUGGAGCUCACGCAACAACCUUACAAGCAAAACAAUAUCCACGAGGGCUCAGACGAGGAGGAACUGCUGCUCAGCAAGAGCAUGUCAUUAUUAGAGAGUCAACACCACCAUCUAUUGCACUGUCUGGAGAAGACCACUGCCCAUGAGUUUAUGGAUGAGCAGCUGUAUGAACAGAACUGUCUGGAGACCACGGUCCAGAGCUACACCUCCCGUAGCCCCUCCCUCUCCAGCCAGGACAGGCCCAUAGGCACCUGCUGUACCCGCCGGGUGAAGAGGAGUUCCCCCCUGCCCAACUCCAGCAUGCCCCUCCAGCCCAGCCAUCAGCAUGGGCCGCUACAGGAGCUCAGCGCCCCCCGCAUCCAGUGUGGGGACAAGCUGCCACGCACCACCAGUCGCUCUAGUCUCAACUUGAAGACAGACGAGGUGGGUCUGUUCAACUGCAAGGGCGGUCAUAUCACCACAGCGAUCAUCAGCAUCCCCACGCCCCACUCUGCCACCCCGGACGGGGACGGUCUUCACGGACCCCCCCAGCGCAGACCCCCCCCUCCCCCCACCGGCCCAGAGGCCGCCAGUAUUAACACCACAGCCAGCUCCACUGUCUUCAAAGUGUCCGCUCUGUGACUGUGUGACUGACCCACUCAACAGACUGACUGAGCAGGAGGAGAGGUGAAGAGAGGCUUUCACUAGAACUCUACCUUGAAGGACCCCUGUCGCCCGUUUCAGAGAUAGAGACAUGGGAGAGAACUCCUCGUGUACCAAGGAGUUUACAGCCUUUUAGGCAGCAAAGGGAUAGGCUAUACUGAGUGAAAUGCUGCAAGGCAGCUGAUGGUACAGUUGGCUACGAUGUGCGCAUUUUCCUAAAAGGGGCCAGUAUGUGUGCAUUUUGGGAUUAUGACAGGACAAAGGAAGUCACUGUGUCCUUGUGCACUUCGCACCUACAUAUUAUUGUUUUGAUCUGCCUACAGCUAAACCCUGAAUGUCUGAAAGAUGAGGAUGAAGACACCUAUCAAUGUUUUAACUCUAGGUUUGUUAGGUCUUCUUUAUGUUUUGUGUUGUCUUAUCUAUUUUCACUGUGUGUGUGUGUGUGUGUGUGUGUGUGUGUGUGUGUGUGUGUGUGUGUGUGUGUGUGUGUGUGUGUGUGUGUGUGUGUGUGUGUGUGUGUGUGUGUGUGUGUGUGUGUGUGUGUGUGUGUGUGUGUGUGUGUGUGUGCGUGUGUGCGCGUGCGCGUGCGCGCGUGUGCGUGUGUGUGUUUGUGUGUGUGUGUGUGAUACUUUUAUGAAAUGUUCAUAUUUUAGUGGGUUAUAACCUUACAUUUCCAUCUAUCCACAAUGUCCUUAAAAUCUAAACAACAUAAAUGCCUACUAGUACUCUGACAAAUGUUCCAUCAGACACGCUACAGUAUUGCUGCUUUCCCAAAUCUGUCUCUCUCUCGCUAUCACCCUGUCUCUCUCUCUCCCUUGCUCUCACUCUCUCUCUCUCAAUUUCAAUUUAAGGGGUCGUUAUUGGCAUGGGAAACAUAUGUUUACAUUGCCAAAGCAAGUGAAAUGGAUAAACAAAAGUGAAAUAAACAAUAAAAAGUGAACCGUAAAUAUUGCCCUCACACAAGUUCUCUCUCUCUGUCUCUCUCUCUCUGUCUCUCACUAUCACUCCCUCUAUGGCUCUCUCUAUAUCUCUAUCUCUCCCUCGCUCUUACUCUCUCUUUCUCUCCUUUGCUCUCUCUCUCUGUCUCACUCUUUCUCUUCCAAACUGUCUUCAUUUUUAAGACUUUAGCAGUUUAGUUGUUGUUGUUUCAGUUCAGUGGAAGACUGAAGUGGUAUAAUCACCAUGGCAACGAUGAAUGUCCAUGUCAAUGCCCUACUAUGAUGUGAACCGGCUUCCUCUACAUGUUACAUGAACUGUUGUCCAUUGGAGGUCCAUGCUGUAGGUGCCUGGUGUUUCGGAAUAGCUUGUGACUUGUCAAGAUGUGCUACAGUAAAAUUAUAACAGAUUAACAAGUAUUUUGUUUUCGUUUUUUGUGUAAAUUAUUAUUUUACUCUGUAGGUUUUUGAAUAAUGAAAAUGAAAAUACCAUGUUGCAUUCAAGGUAUGUGUAUGUUUUUGUAUUGACUUUGUGUACUCAGCCAUGUGGUAGACAGAGGUAAGGACAUACUGGUAUAAAAUCCCCACCUAAUCCAUUGUUGUGAGUCAAUGUGUAAUGUGAUGUUAAAAAUAGAUGUUUUAACAUGUUGACCAUGUCACGUGAAAAGAUGAGUAAAAUUCAUAUCAAUGGGUUACUACAAACACCUAUCGAUUGGAGGGUGGUUCCUAAUUUCCUAAAUCCUAAUUUGUCUCCGUACUGAUUGAGGCCUUGUCACAUUUACCACACCCUUUAAAGAACGCUGCUCACUCAUCUGGUUAACAACUGGGUCCAUGAUGUGUAAUGUGUAGGAGUUUUUCCUGGCCAUAUGAGCUGACCAGGGUCAUGCUGACCAGGCUGACCAAGGGCUCUGUUCAGGGUGUAUCGCUGAAGUGUUAAAAGAUUGCCCACUGUGAAAGUCAUUUCCGAUUGAGCCGACAUGCAGCGUUUACCGUGAAUGAAGUCUCCACAAACUUUGCCUUUAGUUGUCAAUCGCGCUAUAAAGCUGAACUUCCGCGAUACGGAUUGAAUAGAGCCCAAGUUAUAGUCUAUGACUAGGGCAUGGAGUUUUUCAUUUGCCCUAGUAAUGUGAAUUCAACAGUAGACCUAGUACACAUUCUGUGUACUGUUUCAUGCUUAGCGAGGUCAUCGAGAAUACAAAGCUAACCUCUACAGAAAACAGUGAUGAAGUCUCAUUCCUGUCUUGUGAUGGGAAGAUAAUGGACACAUUUAUCCACCUGAGACGGAAUGGAAAAGGCCGCUUGUCAAAAAGUCUUUGUGUUGUCGUUUGUUUCCUACUUUUAGCCUCCUUAGGUUUAUUAUUUAAUCAGGUCUGCUUUGUAUUCUCUGUUUUUCUGUCUGCUUUGUAUUCUCUGUUUUUCUGUCUGCUUUGUAUUCUCUGUUUUUCUGUCUGCUCCGUAUUCUCAGUUUUUCUGUCUGCUUUUGUAUUCUCUGUUUUUCUGUCUGCUCCAUAUUAUCUGUCCGAUGGUGUUUAUCAUGUGACUUUGUCUGUGUCAUAAUGACUAUAAAGUAGUGUCAGAUAAAGAUGUUUCAUCUGCCACCCAAA